AUGUCUAUUCUCAAGCCAACUGCUCACUUACUUUUCUAUUCCUUCGUCUUCGGUGGUACGACGUUCUACUCUUAUGUAGCCUCCCCAAUUGCGUUUAAGACCUUAGAAAGGGACCAGUUUUCCAUUUUGCAACACAAUGUGUUCCCAAUGUUCUUCCAGAUGCAGACUGCAUCACCGAUCAUCUUGGGUCUAACGGCGCCAUUUGCUCUCACAACAGGUGCAAUUACAUCAUUGGUGACCGCAUCAGUCAGUGGUGCUAUCAACUACUUCUUCUUGUUACCUCGCACUCAGAAGAUUAAGGAGGAAAGAAAGAAGGUAGCCAAGGAAUUCUCAGGCGAUGAACUAGAAGCCAAGGAUGCCCCAUUGCGUAAAAGUUUCGGCCAGAGCCAUGGACUCAGCUUACUUUUCAACAUGACGAACGUUUUAGGGACCUUGGCAUACGGGAUUUACUUGUCUAGAGGCUUGCUCAAAUACGUUCCAAAAUGA